ACGCACACAACACACAGAGCAGAGAGCGGAGAGGAGCGGGGACAACCAGACUGCCUAUUCCCCAAGGUCCUCUCACGGCAAGCCAAAUUAUCGCCCUCUUUCUCCCGUGUCUCCUAUUUUAGACCCACCAGCGAGGUUUGUUUAACAUUUUUAGAGUAGAUUUGACUGCCAAAAUACGGAGCAACUGGGAGUGGGAAGCGCACAUGACGGAAUAGAGGACCGUCGUUGGAUGUAAAUUGUGUUGUUUUACGCGCGGGGCCUAUAACUUGUGAUUCAAAGGCGCGCUCAUCUUAAAGACAAAUGAACUGAAUCGUUGACAAUUGACAACUACAUCAAAUCGUGGGGAAAGAAAGAAGAGAGACACACGAAAGGCGUACUACAAGUCUUCGCCACGAGUAGCACCACAGACUUCCCAAUGAAGGAGCCUGACGCAAUCAAGCUCUUCAUCGGGCAAAUCCCCCGAAACCUGGAGGAGAAGGACCUGAAGCCCAUCUUUGAGCAGUUUGGGAAGAUCUACGAGCUGACAGUCAUCAAGGACAAGUACACCGGCAUGCACAAAGGAUGUGCCUUCCUGACAUACUGUGCACGUGAGUCUGCUCUCAAAGCCCAGAAUGCAUUGCACGAGCAAAAGACACUACCGGGGAUGAACCGCCCGAUCCAGGUGAAGCCAGCAGACAGUGAGAGCAGAGGGGAAGACAGGAAGUUGUUUGUCGGCAUGUUGGGGAAGCAGCAGACAGACGCGGAUGUGCGGAAGAUGUUUGAGCCGUUUGGGAGCAUAGAGGAAUGCACGGUGCUGCGAGGCCCCGAUGGCACUAGCAAAGGUUGUGCAUUUGUAAAAUUUCAGACCAACGCAGAGGCCCAAGCUGCCAUCAAUGCUCUACAUGGGAGUCGCACUUUACCGGGUGCCUCGUCCAGCCUGGUGGUGAAGUUCGCCGACUCGGAGAAGGAGCGCGGGCUGAGGCGCAUGCAGCAGGUGGCCUCACAGCUGGGGGUCAUCAGUCCCAUGACCCUUCACCUCGGGGCUUACAACGCCUACACGCAGGCUCUGAUGCAGCAGCAGGCUCUUGUGGCUCAGUCGGCCUACCUCUCGCCCGUCGCCACCGUAGCAGCGGUCCAGAUGCAACAGCUCGCGGCUCUUAACCCCAGCAGCAUCAUCGCCACUCCCAUUGCAUCCAUCACGCCCUCCUCAGGUACCAGCACUCCCCCCUCGAUCGCAGCCACACCUGUCCCAGCGCUGCCUCCUCCCAUCGCAGUGAACAGUUACCCCUCUGUGCAAGCCCCCCCUAAUGGCCAAUCAGCCACCGAGACCCUGUACACCAAUGGGGUCCACACCUAUCAAGCUCAGAGUCCUGUCCUGGAUCCACUGCAGCAGGCGUACACAGGCAUGCAGCACUACACAGCCACAUACCCCGCUGCCUAUGGUCUGGUGGGGCAGCCCUUCCCUCACCAGCCCACUCUGGUGGCACAGCAGCCUCAGCAGCCCCAACAGCUUCAGCAACGAGAGGGUCCCGAGGGUUGUAACAUCUUCAUCUACCACCUGCCCCAGGAGUUCACAGACUCUGAGAUCCUCCAGAUGUUUCUGCCAUUUGGAAACGUCAUCUCCGCCAAGGUCUUUGUUGACCGUGCCACCAACCAGAGCAAGUGCUUCGGUUUUGUGAGUUUUGACAACCCGUCCAGCGCCCAGACAGCCAUCCAGGCCAUGAAUGGCUUCCAGAUCGGGAUGAAGAGGCUGAAGGUUCAGCUCAAAAGGCCCAAGGACGCCAACCGGCCGUACUGAGACCCAGAGGAUGAUACAAGUUCAAUCAAGAGAAAACCACUUGGGGAUGUCCCUGCCUUUUUUGGUUGCUUGACCAAGCAUAUAGCACAGGAGCCGAACCACUUCUCCACAAACAGCCGUGUGUCACAUGAAUGCGCUUUUUAAAAAUCAACAACGACAUCAACUGAUUCAACAGAUUCAGUUUGGAGGUGUGCCGAGCCGCUCCGAGUUCUGAUCAUUCCAGCCAGACCAUUUCUACUUACUGUACAUAUAAUCUACAUGUUAAUAUAUCAAUGCAUAUCAAUGAUGUUAAUCUAAUGAACAGGGUUUUACUGUAUAGUGUGACUUUUGUGGCGUUUUAAACAAAAGGCCAGUCUCCGCAGUUGAAGGGAAAAGAAAAUACUAUUAUGUACGAUGAUGGCUAAUAUUGUUACGUAGAGUUAGUUUUAUUAUUUAUACGUAAAUUAAUGAAAAGAAAAAAACGUUGGGUUAUUAAAAACGUCAUGGAGAAAUCUCUCACUGUUAGAUGUACAUACCUUGGUUCAAAACGCUCUGACCAACUUCGUAACUUAAGUAAGCUUCACUCCUGCCAAUACUUUUCAAAUUAAAAGCAUAAGUAAAAGUAAGGGCUGGGAAUUUUUCUAUCUUGAUUUUUUACGUUUAAUUUAUUUGCUAAUCGAUUUGAUGAAAGGGAAAGAUGUGAUGAUUUCUUUUUAUUUAUCAAAAGAAGAAAAAAUAAGAUUCCUGUGGUCUACAAGACAAUGAAAACACUUAUUAUAGAGUUUUUAAUUACAUAAAUCAUGUACUUAUGGAAGUUAAAAAAACAACAACUAAUGUUUCUUUAUUUAUUCUCUACAAUCGCUGUUUUAAAACAUAUGUCUUUAAAAGAAAAUAAAGUACAAUUUAG